AUGUUGCAAGAAAAUUAAAGGGAGAAUGACAAAAAACAAUAUUCUAUGUUCUAUCCAGAGGAUGAAAGAUCAAAGAGUCAUUUCUUAAAUUAAUAAUACCUUACUAAUUUCUUUGAAUUUACUAAUCAUUUUAAAGAAGCUGAUUUACAAAAUUAAGGAAAAUAGGAAGAAAAAAUUUAACCUAAAUUUCCAAUAAUUAUUUAAUAUGAAUAAGAACCUAGAUAUGUAAAUUAGAAAUAGUAAUAGAAUUUAUUAAUUUAUAGAUAUAGACGAAUCAUGAUUAGAAGAAUUAAAAGAGCUUAAUAAGCAUUAAAGUUAGAGGAAUUAAGAAAAGAAUAAGCAACAAAAGUUUUGGAUAAAUCUAAUUAAAAAUAUAUAUAUGAAUCUAGGCAUUAACAUGCAUUAAAAAGAGAAAGAGGUCCAGAUGGAAAAUUUUUAAAAAAACAAAAUUCUGUUGAAUCUCCACCAAAACUCUGA